UGUAGAAUUGGUCCGUGCGCUCGGUGACGUCAUGCGUCUCGGUCCACUCUAGCGCGCCUCUUGCGGGCCCGGCCGGAAGCGGAAGCGAGCUCCGGCGCCUGCCGUGGAGCCAAGAUGUCCGCCAGCGCCGUCUACGUGCUGGACCUGAAGGGAAAGGUCCUCAUCUGUCGGAAUUACCGGGGCGAUGUGGACAUGUCGGAAGUGGAGCAUUUCAUGCCCAUCCUGAUGGAGAAGGAGGAGGAAGGGACGCUCUCUCCCAUCUUGGCGCACGGAGGCGUCCGCUUCAUGUGGAUCAAGCACAAUAAUCUGUAUUUGGUGGCCACCUCGAAAAAGAAUGCCUGCGUCUCGCUGGUCUUCUCCUUCCUAUACAAAGUGGUUCAGGUGUUUUCUGAAUAUUUCAAAGAGCUGGAAGAGGAAAGCAUCCGGGACAACUUUGUGAUCAUUUACGAACUCCUCGACGAGCUGAUGGAUUUCGGCUAUCCCCAGACCACCGACAGCAAGAUCUUGCAAGAGUACAUCACGCAAGAAGGCCACAAGCUGGAAACGGGGGCUCCCCGCCCUCCCGCCACGGUCACCAACGCGGUCUCCUGGCGGUCCGAAGGGAUCAAGUACCGGAAGAACGAGGUCUUCCUGGACGUCAUCGAGUCGGUCAACCUCUUGGUGAGCGCCAACGGGAACGUUUUGCGCAGCGAGAUCGUGGGCUCCAUCAAGAUGCGGGUCUUCCUGUCGGGAAUGCCGGAGCUGCGCCUCGGCUUGAACGACAAAGUCCUCUUCGACAACACCGGCCGCGGCAAGAGCAAGUCCGUGGAGCUGGAGGACGUCAAGUUCCACCAGUGUGUCCGCCUCUCCCGCUUCGAGAACGACCGGACCAUCUCGUUCAUCCCGCCCGACGGGGAGUUUGAGCUCAUGUCCUACCGCCUUAACACCCACGUGAAGCCUCUGAUCUGGAUCGAGUCGGUCAUCGAGAAGCAUUCCCACAGCCGCAUUGAGUACAUGAUCAAGGCCAAGAGCCAGUUCAAGCGCCGCUCGACCGCCAACAACGUGGAGAUCCACAUCCCGGUCCCCAACGACGCCGACUCCCCCAAGUUCAAGACCACGGUGGGGAGCGUCAAGUGGGUGCCCGAGAACAGCGCCAUCGUCUGGUCCGUCAAGUCCUUCCCGGGCGGGAAGGAGUACCUGAUGCGGGCCCACUUUGGGCUCCCGAGCGUGGAGGCCGAGGACAAGGAGGGCAAGCCCCCCAUCAGCGUCAAGUUCGAAAUCCCCUAUUUCACCACUUCGGGGAUCCAGGUCCGCUACUUGAAGAUCAUCGAGAAGAGUGGGUACCAGGCCUUGCCAUGGGUGCGAUACAUCACACAGAACGGAGAUUACCAGCUGCGGACGCAGUAGCCUCUCGCCCGAAGGAGUCCGGUUAUGGCGCUGUCCGGCGUUGUCUGUCUUAGGAUCAGCUGGCUCUUGCCGGGAAAGGAGCCUUGCCCUGAGUAUUAGCCUGAGUAUUAGCUCCUCCUCCACUCGAGGGAGGGAGGGUGGGAUUGGGGGGCGGGAUCCGUGUUCAUUUCACCCCAGGUCUGCGUUGUGUUUUGUUUCGUGUGCCCCGCCCACCCUCCCCGACACGUUUUGCAAACGCCCGCCUUAGUGCUGGUUUCUUCGAAGGCGGGUCUGGGCCAACCACCCCGUGGCUUCGGCCCCGUUUUAAGUCUGUGGGGUCGGGGUCCAGUUUCGCAAAUGACCCCACUGUCAACCGUAACCCUUGUAGCUCGUUGUGUCGGUGUCUCUUCCGAAUAAAGGUCAUUUCUCGUUAUCUGGA